CUGCUCCACAGAUAAACUCUGCUGCUGUUGUCCUGAGGCUUCUCUGCUGUCAACCCUUCAUUCUGAAAACUCCACGUAGCCCUUCAUCAGCUGCAGAGAAGAAGAAGAAGAAGAAGGAGCUGCCGCCACCGCCGCCGCCAUGAUCCUCGGAGGUCUGUUCUGCCUGCUUGUGCUGCCAUUGCUGGACGCUUCCUCCAUCGAAGAAAAGACGGCCGGGCCGCGGCUCAACAAUGAGAAGCUCUACAGGUACAGCUAUGAGGCGGAGGUGCUGCUGGACCGAAGCAAAGGCGCGCCAGCUGAAGGUGUGGGCCAUAAGAUUACAGCCACCGUCCGCGUUCACCUGGUGUGGAGGAACCCCAGCAAUAAGGACGAUCAGCUCAUCCAGAUAGACAUGACCGAUGUCAGGAUCGAGAAUGUGAACCCGCGGCCUGCAGACAAAAAUAUUUUCUUGGCUACGUCUGCAGAGAGCAUUCUGGGAAAGGAGCAGCUGGCAGCCCUUCAGAGGCCCUUGCUGGUCAACUUGGUCUUUGGAAAGGUCAACACUUUGUACGCCAAUCCCGAGGACAGCACCGCCAUUAGGAACCUCAAGAGGGGUCUGGUCAGCCUCUUCCAGCUGCAGCUCACAUCUGGAAACCGGGAGGAGGUGGACGUGUCGGGAAGAUGCAAAAUCCGCUACUUGACACAGAAAGGACAAGUGACGCGGCACAAGCAAGUGGAGAGUUGCAAAAUCCCUCAAACGGGCUUCAUGUCUCACAGCAAGGUGUUAGGAGUCAGCAAAACGUCCCAGUCGACCACCGUGUUCACAGUGGAUGAUCGCUUCAUUAAGUCGGCACACGCCGAGGAGACUCACCUGGUGACCCUCAACGCACGUCAGUCACUAGCACUCAAAAUCAAGGCCAGGCAAAAACUGCAGCUACUGGCCAUUGAAGCGGGGCCUAAGGAGACACCAGGAAAACAAGUGGCCAGCAUCGUCAAGUCACUGAAUCCGAAAUACACGACAAUCCCCCUGCCAGCUGAGGCCAUCAAAUCAGACUGCAAGGACUGUCGCCCUCUUUCUGAACUGUGGCAGUCCGUUCGUAAAGAUCUUGAACCAGAGAACCUCUCAGAUGCCAAAGCCACCCGCAGCUUCCUGUCGCUUAUCCAGAGCCUUCGGAAAGCCAAGAAACAGGAAAUCCUGAAGCUGCUGAAAAGCGCCAGCAAGUCCGCCCUGCCUCAGCUGGUAGACACGGUCACUUCGGCCCAGACCACCGCAUCCCUUGAAGCGAUUCUGGACUUCCUGGAUUUUUCCGAUGAGAAGGGUGUGACUUUGCAGGAGAGAUUUCUGUACGCCUGUGGCUUUGCAUCUCACCCUAACCAGAAGAUGCUCAAAGUUUUAAUGGGCCUGUACAAAGGAAAAAUUGCCAGCAGGGACAUCAAAGAGUCCACAGUUAUCAUUAUGGGGGCGAUUGUCAAGAAACUGUGUCAAAGUGGAGGCUGUGACCUUCCGACAGUAAAGGAAGCAAAGAAGCUGAUACUUGAGGGUCUGCGUGACUCUGAGGAGGAGGACGAUAUCAAAAUGUAUCUUUUAGCAAUCAAAAAUGCCCAGCUGCCCGAGGCGACCCCUCUGCUGGCCAAGUACUCUGAAGAAGGAAGUGGACCAGUGAGCAGUUUGGCCAUCAUGGCCCUGCAGAAGUACAGCACUGCACUGAUCACAGAUGAGAUCAAAAAAGUCCUGAACAGGAUCUACCAUCAGAACCGCCGCAUCCACGAGAAGACUGUCCGCACGGCAGCUGCCAACGUCCUCUUCAACAGCAAACCCACAUACAUGGAGGUGAAGAACCUGCUGCUCUCCAUUGGAUUCCUGCCUCACGAGAUGAACAAGUACAUGCUGUCCAAGGUGCAAGACAUCCUGCAGUUUGAACUGCCAGCAAGUAAGGUGGUCCGACAAGUGAUGAAGGAUAUGCUCGUGCACAACUAUGACCGCUUCUCUAAAAUUGGAUCUUCAUCUGCCUUUUCUGGCUACAUGACCCGUAGCCAGGACAUUGCCUCCACCUACAGCCUGGACAUCCUCUACUCAGGUUCAGGCAUCCUGAGGAACAGCAACAUGAAUGUGUUUGCUUACAGUAAGGACAGCCUGCUGCAUGCCAGUCAGGUCAUGAUAGAAGCUCAGGGUCUGGAAUCCCUCAUUGCAGCCACCCCAGAUGAAGGCGAGGAGGACUUGGAUUCCUACGCAGGAAUGUCUGCAGUUCUAUUUGAUGUGCAGCUGAGGCCCGUCACCUUCUUCAAAGGGUACAGCGACUUGAUGGCCAAGAUGUUCACUGCCACAGGAGAGCCAAUGAAUGUGGUCAAAGGUCUCAUUCUCUUGGUGGACCAUUCCCAGCUGAUCCAGUUACAGAGCGGGCACAAGGCCAGCGUGGACUUUCAGGGAGGCCUCGCCAUUGACAUUUCAGGAGGCAUGGAGUUCAGCCUGUGGUACAGGGAGUCCAAGACGAGCGUGAACAAUAGGGGAAUGAUGGUGGUGAGCGGCAACGCUAACGUGGACUUGGGCCUGCACAGAGCUGGAGUAGAAAGGAGCUUUGAGACAGAAGCUGCUCUGGACUUCAUCACCACCGUGAAAUUCUCAGAGUAUCCAUUCUUGGUGUGUAUGCAGAUGGAGAAGCAACAGUUUCCAUUCAGGCAAUUCUUAACCAAAUACGAACAACUGGCAUCUGGAAAGAAGUUUGUGUCUCGUAAGAAGAGGGUAGAUCUGGUUCCAGGCUCAGAAUUCCCACUUCAUCAAGAAAACUCAAACAUGUGCAACAAGGUUUUUGAAGAAUCGAGCUGGUAGGCCCCCCUGGCAUGUCAAAAAGGGCACUGGUGGUGGCGGUGGCGGCGGCGGCAGGGCAGCCUCUUCUUUAAUGACCAGACGAUGACACCGUGCCGCACAGUGCACAAAAAGUGUUUACAUAUUUACAGCUAUUUAAAACUUUUAUAUAAUAGAAGACAAUGUGUUGAUAUUAGAAAAUGUAUGAUGUUGCCUAGAGAGUUUUAUUUAAAUUUAUUGUCACUUCAGAGCACAAAUGCAGCCAGAGCAUCAGAAGAAUCAAAUGGACCUUGUGAGUCCACGUUUGCCAACACUCAGGUAAUCUUAGAGAGUGAAAUGAAAUAACAAUGCGAGUGCCAACCCGGUGACACAACUCUGUUGGGGUGUCGGCAUGAAGACACAGAGUGACGGCGAGGACAGGAAGUGGGCGGCCACAUAUGAGGGGGGUGUGGCUUAAUGACCAAUCACAAGAGAAGGAACCACAGCCUGGAGUGGAGCUGAAGUCACUCCAGUCUGCACAUUACGUUUACUUCUCCAUUUUUGUUUUAUUUCUUUAUUUAUUUUGCGGUGCUGCCUUGUUUAGAUGAUUAUUUUUUUCUUCUUUUCACUAAUUUCGUUUCUCGUAUUUAUCAGACAUUUCCCUCUACAUGUUUCCACACAGGUAGCUGCUUUAGAUUUUUCAGCCACUGAAUUCUCCUCUCUGAACUCUGUGCGGUCAUUUCUAGAUAUUUAUAUAUAAUUUGAUUCCUUAUGAAAAGGACUUUAUGUUUGUGUCAGUCAGACCCAAGAGGGGCAGCACAAGAACAAGUGCUGCAUGUCUGGUUUGUAGUUAGUGUGGUCGGAGACGGCCAACGAGCUUUCAACAUGUCACAUCUUUCAGGAAGCUCAUUCGUAUCUAAAUGUCAAAACAACGAAAGACUAAAUCUGAAAAUAUUUCCGAUCUCCUGCCCUACGUGUACCGUCACUGCCUUUCCUUGGUAUUGUCGCAUGUCUGAAUCUCUCUUGACCGGUGCUGUUCUUUCACCUCUUUCAUGAGGCACAGUGGUGGCUCUUUGGCUAAAAGGAUCUGCGCUGGUGACUGGAAGGCUGCCAGUUUGAACGCCAGCAGCACCAGACAGAAGGCCGCUAACCUGCGAUCGCUCCAAGGGUGCUGUACAGAAUAAGUGACCUUGGGUUCGGAUCCCAAUCUUCUCUCUACCCCUCUGUGUGUCUCCAGACAGUAAGUUAGGAUGUGCCAAAAAAUGACAAAUUCCUAAUUCAAGAAAUUGUAUACGGCUAAUAAAGUGAAUUAUCAGUAAUGGAGUUUACUGUCCCAUUCUGCUGACCUCUGUGUUGUCGUUUAGGCUGACCUGCAGUGCCAUGUCUUUAUUCACUGUGUGUCCCCCCUCUCUGUCACUUCAUAUGUUGUAAGUCAUAGAAUAAAAUGUCUAAAAGCUG